AUGCCUCCUGCUCCCUCCUCUCCCAACCAUAACGAUCUGCUUCGUCUGGUGUACUCUAAGUCUGCGUUUGACAUCUACUCCAACACUUACACCACUUCGUCACCGUCUUCCUCUUUCUACACUGGCGACAGCCUGUGGCCCAUGGGAAAUAAGUCCUCAGCCUCCAAUCCAGCCUUCUCCCAGACCUCUCUAGUGGCACCAUCGCUUCUUGGUUCUACUGCUUCACCCUUUCCUCCGAUGCCAGGCCUUAAAACUCACGGAACGAUUCGAAACACUGGACCUCAGCUUGAGGACAUGCAUCCCGCUCUGAGAAAGCAAUAUUCCAAGGAGUACCCAUGCUGUAGGAAUGUCAAGGCGAGCGACAUAGGUCGUCAUCGUCAAAACGCCAUCCAUCUUACGAAAAUCGAUGCCUCUUUGGUCAAUGCACACAUGUUUUACAGUUGUUGUCCUGCUUGGCCGGACUGCGCUGGCAGCCCAGUUUCUCGGACGGACUCGAUAAGGCGCCACAUGAAGCAAUGCGCCGUAUACCAGAAGGCGAAGGUAAAAUACGGUCUGAGCAGAGAUCCGAUUUGGUUCAUCGGGAAGCCAACAGCCAACGGUCGCCGUCGCUAUCUUCAAGGCGAGCGCGGACCUGGAAUCUUGGAGCCGUGGACUCCCAACGUCAAGCCCGCGCAAUCGAAUGUUUUGCCCUUGACUCGUUGCGACCACUUUGUUUCUACAAGCGCCUCCUCUUCUUCGCCUCUGUCUCCUUCGUCUGUCUCAACUUUUUUCACUUCGGCCACGACCGACAGAUCUCAGAGCAGCGUCCCCGGAGUGCUUGCGGUCUCUGACGUGACCUCCACUGAUCCACCAGCUGUAGAUCCCCCUGUUCCGCGCUGCCAUCCUGACCAGGACGCCAAAAAUGUCGAGGAAAAGGCUCCUUCUCAGUUGAGCAAGGCCUCAGAUCUGUCGACCCCAGAAGACUUCUUCGACUUCUCUGCUUUCACGUCCUCCGCUGGUAUCUCGACCCCGCUCCCGACCGCUGCACUCCAGUUUUACUCUACACUGCCCGAUACACCUCACACUUGCUUCGACUUCGACCAGGAAAUACUCUGCGAAAACUCAUGGGACACUAACCCUGCGGGCGCGUACGUUGUACGAAACGAUCGGGCUACCUGGGAGGAAUCUCUCAAUCAGCAGAAGGGUUACCCUCCUUCGUUUUUCGGCGGAACACCCUCUAUGUAA